AUGGGAGUAUGUUCAAAUAAGAGUAAAGGGUUGAAAUACUAAGAAGAUUAAUAUUUGCAUUUAUUGGAUAUUCAAAAUCCUGUCAAUGUGAAUCAGAAAUAUGCCAAUCAUUUCACUCUAAUUCAAAAUUAAUUUACUGGUAAAGGUAUUAGACGCACCAAUAAAUACACAACCAAUUUAUCAAGGAAUGAGUGGGAAAUGAUGCAGAAUUAAUUUUGGGGUAGAGUAAUAAAGUCAUAUAAAGAUAGUUAUAAGGAUUCAAUAUAUUGGUCAAGCAUUCGCAAGGCUCUGUCAUAAGAUGAUGAAAAAUCCUCUAUUGCCAUAUUGACAUUGUGCAAAUUAAAACUUAUUGGAAACUCAAUCCAAUUAUUAAUUACAGAUAAACAAGUGUUUUAAGUUCCAGUAUUUAUUAUUAAUGAACCAAUAUCAUGGAACAAAGAACCCUUAGUUCUGAAUUUUGAAGUAUCUUAGCUGCAAGUGAGGAUACGUAGUAGUAAGCUCCCUAAAGAUUUUUUAAUCUAAACAGAAAGUACAUCAAAGGUUCUUGAAAUCAAAUAGAAGAUUUUGGAAGCAGCCAAAGAAAAAACCUGCAGAUUAUAUUUGAAUGGCAGAGAGUUGGCAGAUCAAAAUUACUUGGGAAAUUAUAAUAUUACUUCAGGAACAGUACUAAAAAUAAAUAAGUUAGAUAAUACAGGCUUUUUUGUGAUUAUAUAUUUAAAAAUGGUUGCCCAGAUUCUGUUCAAAUGUCAUCACAAGCUCAAGAAACCUGAAUAUGAAGAGGCCACUUUUACUGUUGCUAAAAUUAUCGAAAUCAAUAAAUCCACACCAAUAUUCGAAUUAAUUUUAGAGAAUUGCAGGUUCACACUAGAUCAUGACUUUGGCAUCUAAAUAUCAUCAUUAUAAUCAUUGAUAUACUUAGGUUUGAAUAACUGUAAUCUAGUGUCUUUACAAUAUAUUCCAAAAAUUGAAUCAUUGAAGAGAAUGACUUUGGAUUACAAUUUUAUACACAAUUCUGAACUAGUCCACUUAAAAUAUUACCAAGACAAACUCUUAUCCUUAUCUAUUAUGUAAAACCAAUUAGAUUUCUCUGAUUAAUAAUUAUUGCGAGAAUUCUAUUUAUUUGAGAAAUUAAUUCAAUUAUCAAUUGCAGGGAAUUUUAAAGAUGUAACUGAACAAGAGAGCAUAAUGAUAAGAAAUGAAAUAUUUAAAAAUAUGAAAAACCUUGUAUUUUUAGAUACAAUUGCCAAAGGAGAAUAUCUUUCGACUUCUUUGCCGAAUUAAUUUAGUGAUUAAAAAUAGGAACAAGAUUAUUUAUCAAGAAUAGACGUUGUUGACUGGAAACCUGAAAAAGAAUACUAGGAUAUUGAUCAAUGA